CUGACCCACAUCGUGGAGCGAGCUGCGAGCAAGGGCGUCAAGCUGCUGCUGCUGCACGACUCCCACUGGCACACUCCCUCGGACCCGCACCACCGCCACCGCCACCAACGGCAGCAGCAGCAGCUCCACCCGCAUGGGGAGGUGCUCAUCCGCCGCUUGGCACACCGCCACAACCGAACCACAACCCAUGCCUCCCAUUCGCCGACCACCGCGGCCAGUGGCGCUGCUGCCGGUGCUGCCGCUGCGGGCAGCACUGCUGCCGGUGCUGUGGUGUUCCGGCCCUACCGGCCGCAGCAGCCGGGCGAGUGGGGGCGGCUAGCGGAGGAACUGGCCCGGGCGGAGGCUGCGGGAGCCGUGCUGGGGUCGCUGCUGCUGGUUGACGACGUAAGUGGGCUUCCAGCUACUUCCUCCUUCUCGUCCUCCUCGUUCCCACCGCCCCGCGUCUCCCCUUCCACGACGGUUGCCAACCACCAUCACCAUAACAUUAACCACAUCAACAACGGCGGCGAGCUCCAGUCUUCCCUGGAUCUACUGCUAGCUGCCGUACAGCGGGGUACGGCGGAGGUGAUGUUCCUGUCGUACAGUUCGACUGCCGUACACAGCACUCUGGAGACCAUGCGUCGCAUGGGACUGCUGUCGGCACUGCCGGACACAUUGAAGAGCGGGGAGAGCGGGCAACUGAAGCACCAGGAAGGGGAG